CCAACGAAGGAGGGAAGCACUUCGUCCUGAUUCUGUGGCUGGGAGUUAACACCUGGCUGUUCAUCAGCACCUUCCUGCUCUACUUCACUGGACAGCAAUACCACUACCUCUACAAGAUGCUCGGGGUGAGACCUGAUACAUUUACAUGCACUUUCUAGAUGUGUUGUUUUGAACCAAGCUUAAAGAAGGAAACGGACCCUUUACUGAGCCCUUACAUCAAACCCUUUCUUAACUGCAUAUGUUUGAUUAGACAUAAACAGAUUUUUCAAGAUUUUUAUUUUUGUACAUCUUGACAUGUGAGACAGGAAAAACUCAUCAGUGACCCUGAGGGUCAUGAUAUUGUUGAUGCCAGCUAACAUUCACAAAAGAAAACUGAAAAUAACAAGGUCACUCUUAAUGAUAUAAGUAGCAGCUGUGUUUUUACCAGCUGUGAGAAACAUAUAAGUGACUUUCGUCUUCUGAAAUCACGCUUUUUCCUCUGCUCUGUCAUUUCCACCAUAUCAUUUGAGAUUAGUUAUAAAUCAUGUACCUUCAUAAGGCCUACAAAGUGUAGCUCCAUGAUGUAGUGAUUCACAUAUUUUGGCUGAUAAGUGAAAAAUCCCUGGUUCUUGUGAGUAAGGGAACCGCUGACAGUAGCUUUAUUCAGUAGACCUACAGUGCUCUUCAUAAUUCCACAACUAAACAAGGUUGUGUGUGUGACUUUUACACUAUUUUCUGCGGAAAAUUUGAUUCUUAUUGUUGUUAAGGAAGAGAUAAAAGCACCACGUGUAUUGGCUUGUUAUUGUGACCUCCAGAACCAGGCAGCAGGGACAUGAGCUGGGUCAACCAGUCACACACACAUAGAAUCAGGUUUAGAUUUUAAUGCCUGCUCGCUCAUGUGGUGUAAUUUUUGUCACAAGGUCUCAAUGGUGUCUCUGUGGGCGUGGGUGUGUGACUCUCGAUGCAUGCUUGUGUGAGUGAAAAAGUUCCUUGUCUUUGGAAAUAAUAAUUGCAGUCAUUACUUCUGCACCAGAUCUGUGAUUUUCUCCCAAAAAUCACAUUUUUUAUGCAAAUAUAGCAAAACAAAAGCACUCACCUGGAUUCUGUGUUUAAAAAUAUAUCAAAUUGUGCUGAACAAACUCCAAACUGAUAACUGAAAUGUGCCAAGAACAAAGUUUAGCACAUAUAAUACAGUACGAGUAUUUGUAAAUGAAGUUGUUAAAGCUAGUAUGAAAAGCCAGCAGAUGAAAAAAACAAAGGUAAAGCUGGAAGUGAUAAAAUUAGAUGUGGCAGCGAGCAGCAUGUGCGAGCUAUUGCACUGCGUGUACAGUGGAUAGCAAAGGGGAGAGAGGGGCAAGUGUGGGCACGCUGCUGGCUUGACUGAAUGCCUUACCAGAGGGCUUAAGCUUAUGUGUGUGUCUACACGUGUACGUGUGUACAUGCAAGACGGAGAUGUAUUUCGAAGGCAAACUGAAUCCAGCUCAAACUUCAUAUAUCCAACUUUUCUCCUUCACCUGUGUAACUCGGGUUUUGGGGAUGUACAGAAAGCAGGGAGGAUAUCAGACCUCCUGCUUGGUUUUGGUGUCAGCUGUUGUUAGUAAGGUAUGCUGAGUGAACGUGUGUGUGUGGGAAGUCUUUCAAAGGUGUAGGCGUCUGAUUUAUAAGCAUGCUGGUCUUCCCCCAUCAUCUGCUAUAUGUAGAUUUUAACUCUUGACCAGUUGUUUCACCACAUUCUUAUAUUUCAGCAUCUGUUGUACAGCACACUGUGACAGCUAAUCACAUGAAACUGGUGACUGACCAGAAGCUGCUGCCGCCUUAAGGAAUCACAUUGUUUUAAGCGCACUUCCUAUAUUAUGUUGCAUCUCUUAAAGCCAUCACAAAUCUUUACCGCUAUUUAAAUCCCCCAUCCCUUCAAAGGCUGGACUCCAGUUUCAGACGCGCUCUCCGUCUUUGAUCUGUGCUUACCUUCAUCUCUCACACCAGUCAUUUCAGUUUCUUGGGGAUAAUCAGAAGAGACGGCACCUGCAGCGCACGCUCAGGCUGCCAAGAAAGUGUUUAAAUGUGCUGUGUUUACAAGAUGCCAAAGGACGUCCGGCUUUUAAGCUUGAAAACAGCUUCGAUUGUCGAGCUCUAAGAUUAAGAUUUGUAAAACCACAUUACACAGCAGACGUCCCCCCUGUGUCGCUUCAGGUAAACUGUCCACUUGUCAUCAACUUGUUAGGGGCCUCUACUUAACCUGCUCUGUACUGAAAGGAUGACAGACUGUAAAACUUGCAAGUGGUGGCAAAACAGUGGUGUAGUCAGAAGAGUCUUUGAGUGUAUACUUAGAGAAUAAACAGUGUUUUCCAGUCUUUUUAAAUCCCUUUUUAAAGCCAAAAACUGGAUGACUUUCAAAAUAAAUGAAUGUCUUCCAUUUAAAGACUAACAGACCCCUAAAGGGGUCCUUAGCUCUCUAUUCUGAGAAAGACAAAGGUAGUUUUAUCUAUUCUGAGAAAGACAAAGGUAGUUUUAUCUAGCACUACGAGCUAUUCAAUUGGCCAUGAUUGAAUAGCUGAUAUCUGAAUGGGAAUAAUCAAAAAUGUGCACCUUAAUCCACCAGGCCACUUUACACCCACCAAAUGAGGCCUAGUGUUGGCAACUUGCCUAACAAUGUAUGUGUGUGUGUGUGUGUCUGUGUGUGUGUCUUUCCCAGCUAGGAUUGUGCAUCAGCAGGGCAUCUGCAACUGUGCUAAACCUGAACUGCAGCUUGGUGCUUUUGCCCAUGUGUCGCUCUCUGGUGACCUUUGUACGAGGAACACGGAUGAUAUCAAGCAGAAAGACACGCAGACUGCUGGACAAGUCCAAGACCUUUCAUGUGGCGUGUGGCGUUGCCAUCUGCAUCUUUUCUGUUAUGCACGUUUCUGCCCACCUGGUUAAUGUUGUCAGAUUCAGUGUGAGAUACUCAGAUGACUUUCCGGCUCUCAAUUUGGCUCGCUACAGAGGAGAGGACCCCAUGCUGAUUAUUCUGACCACAAUCCCAGGAGUCACUGGUGUGCUGCUGGUCCUCAUCCUCUUCCUGAUGUUCAUAUCCUCCUCCUACUGUGUACGCAUGUCCAACUAUGAGAUCUUCUGGUACACACACAACCUCUUCAUUGUUUUCUACGUCAUCCUGAUGAUACACAUGGUUGGUGGAGCUCUAAAGUAUCAGACCAACAUAGAGGCACACCCCCCUGGUUGCUUCAGAGCCAACCAGAGCAGCACCGAGCAGCAGGGAGAUGAACUGGACACGAGUGAAGAAGAGGAGAGGCGAUGCAACGAGGACGCUCGCUUCCAGCCACAUUAUCCCCAGACGUGGCUGUGGGUGUCUGGUCCUCUCUGUCUCUACUGUGUGGAGCGUUUCUACCGCUACAUCCAGAGCCGUGACCCCGUUACCAUAGUGACAGUCAUCAGGCACCCUUGUGAUGUCGUGGAGUUGCGCAUGCUGAAAAAGAACUUCAAAGCUCGACCUGGACAGCAUAUCCUUCUUAACUGCCCAGGUGUCUCCUCAUUUGAGAACCAUCCCUUCACGCUCACAAUGUGUCCCACAGAGAACAAGGAAACUUUGGGCAUCCAUCUGCGAGUUGUGGGAGACUGGACUGAACGAUUCACACAGCUGCUGCUUCCUGAGCCAAGGAUAGACAUGGAGAUCCUUCCCAUGGCCCAAAAGAGGAGAUACCCCAAAGUUUAUGUUGAUGGGCCAUUUGGAGGUCCGUCAGAAGAGGUAUUCAACUAUGAUGUCAGUCUUUGUGUUGCCGGCGGAAUAGGAGUCACCCCGUUCGCCUGUGUGCUGCGGGCGCUGCUUGAUGGCUGGAUGGGUUUCAGGUUGCAGAGGUUGUAUUUUGUGUGGGUCUGCAAGGAACUCCAGUCGUUUUACUGGUUCGCAGAGCUGCUGUGUGCUCUGCAUCGCAAGCUCUGGAACGAAAACAGACCGGACUACUUUAAUCUGAAACUGUAUAUCAGUCAACCAGACAGCUUGCAGAGCAUGUCUGAGGAGAAGUACCGCCCACUCACAUCAAGGAUGCAGAUUGGUCGGCCCAGGUGGAAGUUACUCUUUGAUGAAAUUGAAAAAUCCAACAAACAUAAACGUGUUGGUGUUUUCUGCUGCGGACCGAAGGGCAUCUCCAGGACUCUCCACCGACUGUGUAACUCACCUCAAUACAAUGGAACAACAUUCGAAUUCAACAAAGAGUCGUUCAGCUGAUUAAACUUUAGAGCUGGUGCUACACUGUCAGGGCAUAUCAGUAGAAGUCAUCUACUUUGGGGUAGAUGGCUUCUCAUUCAAUCAUGGGAAAAGUUUUUAGUUAAAUUAAAGUUCUUAGUACCUUUGGACAAUCAUGGUUGCUUAAAAAAAUCUUGGAUGGAUUUUCAUUUGAUAUAAAUACUGACUGUAAAGUUAAAUAAUGAUAGACUAUUUAUAUUCAAUCUCUGUACAUGUUUUCUAAAGGUCUGGCACAUCGAAACAGCCUGUUGGGUGCUUUAAAUAAGCUUCGACUUUGGUUUGUGACCCAAUCAACAUGUGAGAAAAGCUUGGAGUCUCCCGAAGCUUCUGUAUCAUCCCUGCCCUGUUGCACCCCUCUGUGGAGUAAAAUUGCAUUCUCAUGUUGGAGUCGAGUGUGAGGAAAAAGGUGUGACUCACCGUGAUCUUAUCACAGUAUUAAGAGACUUAAGAGCCAAGCCCCCACCUAGUUCUAAAUAUCCAAAAUAUAUGGAUAUCUUCUACAUCCAGAAUCAACUGGCCCAACAUUUGUUUUGUCAGCAUCUAAAAUAUACUGCUCACACAUUCUUAAUUCUUGCUUAUUACCAAGUUGUAAUUACCCUGGAUUUGUCGAUGAACGCUGACUAAAUGAUGAUCACAUUCUUCAAAUACAGUGCUUAACAAAUUUAUUAGACAUUAAACCACUGAAACUGAUUUCUCUGUUCAGGUAAUUAAGUGUAAUUUGGUAUCGUACUCAAAUAAUAAUAUUAAUAAUGUGCUUUACUAUUUUUUCAUACUUUUGUAAAGCAGUAAACCUGAAAAUGAAUGGAUAAUAACAAUAAUUAUAUUUUAGCAUUAAAGGUAUUUCUAUUAAAGAACAUGUGCAUACUGGUGAAUCAACUAUUACAGCAACAUAAAAAUGAUUUUAGUAAUUACCAGUACUGUUAAUUUAGGGCAACUGUGGGCUAAAUUUACACUGGGGCGAUGGUCGAAGAAAAUUGUCAAGCAGUGUAUGUUUAGCAUGCAUGUUAGAUUUAAACGCUCAGAAAAGGGGGCAAGGAUUUUAGGUCUCUGCAGAUUGUUACGGGUCUGUAUGUUUCUCUCACUGUGGAAGGAUUUGUAGACAGCCUGGAGGGAAGUGUGACAUUUGACAAAACUAAGAGGCAGAAAAAAGUAUUACAACACUUAUCUCAGAGUCUGAGGCAGUGUGGUUUAAAAAUGGGCACACGAUGAUGCAGUCUUUACACACCACUACACCUCAAGCUUUUUUUUACUUUUUUUUUUGUUGCUUACUUUAUUUAUAUUGUUUAAAAUAAAUGUACAAUUUGACAUGUCAAGGUUUUGCAGGAUUUUGGCAAUCUUUACUGAGUCUACUCACAGGUAUAUAACGGAAGCAUAUUUCAGGUUAUGAUGAUUUACUGGUUUACUUUAGUAUUUGUCAUGUUUAAAACCUCUGAUUUUUUUUGAAUGCCACAAACUGGAGACUGGAGGUUUCUACAAAGAAUAAACAUCUUGAUUUUUUUCUGAUCAACUGAGUAAACGUUGUAAUUAUAAUUUGAAAUUGUUGACAUUUAUCUAAAUCUUUAAGAUCAACUUUCUUUUUUGGCACAAGUAUGAAAUAAAUGGUUUAUAUUUA